CAGCGCUGGGAGAAGUUAGCAGUCGGCUGCCAGUCUGGUCCGAAGCCACGAUGGAUGCAACACCAUGCCUUCUGUUCGUCCUCCUGCUCGGGACAGGGAUACUAGAAACGACCGCACUCCAGUGUUACUGUGACCGCUGCAGUGCCAACUCCAGCUGCACGACAGAUGGCGUCUGUUUCGUCGCCAUCCGCAAGUCGGGCAGCCGGAUCACCACCGAGCAGCGUCAGUGUGUGCACGAAAACGAACUGAUCCCACGAGACCGGCCCUUCAUCUGUGCCCCGUCUGUCAAACAUGACACGGGCAUUUACCCGAUGUGCUGUACCACGGACUACUGCAACAAAGAGCCUGACAUCCAACUCAUCCCUGUCCCCACAGUGAACACUCCUCCUCUGGGCCCCGUGGCCCUCGCAGCGGUGAUUGCUGGCCCGGUAUGCGUGCUCUGCCUGCUGCUGGUCUUGGCGUUUUACGUUUGCCACAGCCACAGGGGUGCCGGGGCCCAUCAUCACCACCACCAACGGGUGCCCAACGAAGAGGACCCCUCCAUGGACCACCCCUUCAUCACCGUAGGAACUACGCUGAAGGACCUCAUCUAUGACAUGACCACCUCGGGCUCCGGAUCAGGCCUGCCGCUGCUGGUCCAAAGGACUAUCGCCAGGACCAUCAUCCUCCAGGAGAGCAUCGGGAAGGGGCGUUUCGGGGAGGUGUGGCGGGGUAAAUGGCGUGGCGAGGAGGUGGCCGUGAAGAUUUUCUCCUCCCGCGAGGAGCGCUCCUGGUUCCGCGAGGCUGAGAUCUACCAGACUGUGAUGCUGAGACACGAGAACAUUCUGGGCUUCAUCGCUGCUGACAACAAAGAUAACGGGACCUGGACUCAGCUGUGGCUGGUGUCCGAUUAUCACGAACACGGCUCCCUGUUUGACUACCUGAACCGCUACACCGUCACCGUGGAGGGCAUGAUCAAACUGUCCCUGUCCACAGCCAGCGGCCUCGCCCACCUCCACAUGGAGAUUGUUGGAACACAAGGGAAGCCGGCUAUUGCACACAGAGACCUGAAAUCAAAGAACAUCCUGGUGAAGAAGAACGGGACCUGCUGCAUCGCUGACCUGGGUCUAGCUGUCCGCCACGACUCGGCCACUGACACCAUCGACAUCGCUCCAAACCACAGAGUAGGAACCAAAAGGUAUAUGGCUCCGGAGGUUCUGGACGACUCCAUAAACAUGAAACACUUUGAGUCUUUCAAGCGAGCUGACAUCUACGCCAUGGGCCUCGUCUUCUGGGAGAUCGCCAGCCGCUGCUCUAUGGGAGGCAUCCACGAGGACUACCAGCUGCCCUACUACGACCUGGUUCAGUCAGAUCCGUCUGUGGAGGAGAUGAGGAAGGUGGUUUGUGAGCAGAAGCUUCGGCCCAACAUCCCCAACCGCUGGCAGAGCUGUGAGGCCCUGCGGGUGAUGGCCAAGAUAAUGAGGGAGUGUUGGUACGCCAACAGCGCCGCCCGACUCACCGCUCUCCGGAUCAAGAAAACCCUGUCUCAGCUCAGCCAACAGGAGGGAAUCAAGAUGUAGACAUAACUAACAAACACACACCCACACGCACACACACACGCACAGACACACACCUCUGACUGGCAUCCAUAUCGUUAGCAUUAUUCUCUUCAUCACUACUCAUCAACUGUUCCUCCCCUUUGCGUUGAAGGGAAGUGAAGGCUUCUUCUCCCCUCGUGCUCUGUUUUUCUCAUCCCACUUCAUUCUUUCAUUCAUUGGAUCUAAUGAGGGAUGGUUGUGCCCGAAGGCAUUAAAGGAAGCCUCCGCUCAUUAUCUUCCAUCUUCACAUGAAGUCUCUGUCUCAAGUUCCACCUCCACCUCCGCCACUCAUCACACAACCACCCAGUAUGAGCUCAGGCCCCAUCAGGUCAAACCAACAGCCAGCCAGGGAGCUGGAAACCACCUGGGAGGCCUCUGAGCUGCCGUAGCUUCGCUCUCAUCUCCUCACACCUUCAUCACCACCCCCACCCCCCUCAUUUGUAUAUUAGCAUUUCAUUCUUCUCUUGAGAGAGUGAAGCUACUCUUCAGUAGGGCUGCAAAGUUGCUCAUUUAAAUCUCUGAAUAACGCUGAGUCAUGGAAAAUGUCUUCUUUACAAACAAACAAACAAAUGUGUUACAAAAAUCUAAAUUUUGGAUUGAUCCAAGCCAUGUGAUGUGUCAUGAUCCCAAUACGUAGUUUAAUGGCUAUUAUGGAACUACGUGCGCUCCCACAACACUAGUGUGUUAGGUUUUAGCUGAAUUAUCACCGUUUCAGGGAAUGGACAGUUAACCUGAUUCAUUUCUUCAGGUUCAAAUCUAAAGACAAACGGGUCUUUUUUUCUUUGGAAAAAAAUAUUUUCCAUUUUUCUAAUGUGCAUUUGGUUCAACAUGCUUUGUGAAAUAUACAGAGCACUGGAGAUGUGUUUUCCAUUCACCUGUUCCUCUCAGGGUGUUUUCACAUUAGGUACGAUUGAUCCGUACCGUGCCCGAGUAUCAUUGUCCCCCCCCCCCCUCCGCUCAGCUUUCACAUUAGUUAAGUUGUUCUUUUACCCGAGUACACUUACGUCAUCACUCACGUGUAUUUGUUUAUGUUGAGAUCAGCUUUUCUAGUGCUGGAGCAUCGUAAAACACUUCAUUCAAACUGGACAGAAACUAAAUAAAACUCCUAAACCAUCGUCGUUAGUCUCUCCAACAAUCACCAACUCUGGUUUGGUUGAAAUAAACUCUUAUUUCACCGAGUCUGAUGUGAAAAUAGGCCGGAGGCAGAUCAUUAAAUCAGCUAAAUAAAAUAAGAAACACCGCCCGACCCCAUCGCCUACUAUCGUCUAUAUUUAAAGGAACCUCUCGCCGGCCUUCCUGCUGUAUCACCACGGCCGUACAGUUCAGAGGAUGAGAUCGUCUCAUUCUGCGCGCAGAUACAGACAUAGAUAUGAACCAGUUUUAUACAGAUAUCGGCGUUGAAUAAAGAUCGCCCUACUACUACUCGCUGACUGCUAACAUUCCUCGCGUUUCAUGACGGUCCACUUCCGUGUUUCGGUACAGUUGGCUUUCACACCUGAUGCGAACCGUACCAGAGUACACAUGAGCCGUACUCCAGACCACCUUCUCAAGUGGAUCGACAAACCGUGCCCGAGUUCGGUACGGAGCGUUCACAGUAAUCAAUCCAACUGGACUUUAGGGACAAGUGUACUGGGAUCCGGGUACCUGAUGUGAAAGCAUCCUUCAUCUCGGCGCUAACAGUGACUGGGCUGUGAUCAGCAGUAUUUCAGAGAUGAUGUGAAGCUGUUAGUUUGUUGCAGCCCUGCUCUUGAGUCGUGUUCCAGUUGCAUUGGGAAGUGAAGCUUGGACCUGGGGGUUAUGGGACAGUUUGUAAGCCGCCCUGUUGGGUCCAAACAAACAAUGGCUUCAUCUGUUCUUCAUCUGUUCUUCAUCUGAUCUUCAUCCAGUGAAGUUUGGAGCAGAAUCUCUCAUCUCUGCAACCAUUUUGCACCUGUUAUUUUUUUUUUUCAUUGGUUACUGUUGUACGUCCUCGUCUCCCUCCAUACGGUCAGGGAGGCGGACAGGUCAGUUUAAUUUAUUGUGUUUUUUUAAUUUUCUUUCUGGUGGCAGGGGAUCUUUUUUGCAAAACUAAACUGGACACGAUGACCUCAUUCAUUUUUGGCGAACAUGCUGCAACAUAUGCAAUAUACAGUAGAUAAAUGUGUCUAUUUUCUAUACUCUGCUCUGCUAAACGACAAACAACACCAACAACAAUCAGCUGCCACCAUGCCUUCCAAGCCAGCUGUUACCGGAAAGUGCCAGUGCUUUAACAACCCAACUCCUCUCAUGUCGGCUGCUGUGGAGUGUUUGCUCCGGCGUGUCGGAGGAGGCCCGCGGGAGCCAUGCCGAGCAUACAGCAAGCUCGCACUAUGCACACCCAAGAAGUAGGGACGGAAAGCACGGAGUGACGCGCUCCGCCGUCGCAGCAACCCCACAACCCAGCCAACUCUCUGGUGCCAUUUUGUCAAACCUCCCCCCCACACCGCCUGAACACCCGACCACCUCAGCAACAACUCAUCGUACAGCUUCUCCUCCCGGAUACCUGAGCCUGGAAACUGAGCUCCAGCCCCUCGGUGUUUAGUUGGAAAAAUGAUGCCACAAAAGCUCACGGCGUCUUUGGGGGAAAAAAAGACACAAAGACUUGUAAGCAUUACUGAUGUUGCCCUAUAAAUGUUAACUCUUUGGAUUUCUGACUUUCGCUCUUUUCACGUGUUUGUGCCGUUGACGGCGCCGCAGCGCAACUCAACCUUUCAAGCAUUUUCUUCUCUGUAGGAUAAUCAACAACAAUGAGGUACAUUCAUUUAAAUAUAGCAAACGGAGAUUUACUAAGCCAUAGAUUUUCCAGGUUGCGUAUUAUUUUGUUCUUUUUUGUGGCAAGGUCUUUUUCUACUAGAAUGUACAUUUACGAAAAUCAAAAGAUGAAAAAAAAAAAAGGACAAUUUAGUCAUUUGAGCUAAGCAAGCCUUAAGGGACCAACACAUAAGAGUCAGGAUCUACUCUUAUUCUUUAUUUCUGUUUUGUUUUUUUAAUGAAAAAAAGAUAUAUCUAUAUAUAAUCGAUUACAAUGAUAAAGGUAGUGUCAUUAUUCUAUCUAAAGGACAACAACAUAUAUAUGUAGCACCUGAUUUAACGGUUUGUUUUAGUCAAGUGUUCGUCCCGUUUCCCAAAUUGCCAUACACCUAAACCCACGUGAUCUUAUUCUACAGAUCUGCUCGUGUCCCAGUUCCAUCAAAAGCACUUGUCUUUUAGCGCACGAGUCCGUGAUUAGAUCCAGUUUAAAGGCACAAAGGGUUAAGCAGGCAAUAAUGAAUACAUCCAGUUACAGAUUAGAUCUGCCAGAUAAGAGGAAUCCCACAGAGUCUCUCCAUUGUUCAGCAAUAAGUGCUUCUGAACCCGGGGGGGAGGGGGGAGGAGGGAGUGGGGGGGGGGGGGGUUUACCUGUGUGGCAAUUUGGAUGUCGGUGAGCCGGUCUGUCUCCAUUGUUUUUCUUUUUGGAUACAUAAUGUAUUGAUGUGCUGCUACUUAGUUCUCUGAGUGGAGGUGAGAGCUGCCGUUGGAUGUAAAUAGCCCCAGGUUGCCUGACUCUGAUCAUUCUGUGCCAUGUUGCUCUGACACACAUCCAGCCGUCGUCAUUCGGUAGGCACAUCUGCUGAAGGAUGUUAAAGAGUUUGUUGCCAGCCACCCCACCACCACUCACUGCAGCAGCUUCUUUCACCGCUGACUCCUUCCUCUGUGGUUCAUAGUGCCGAUCCGUCGGGUCAACUGCUUCAGGGUUCAGCUGCAGCCUCCGUGGACCGCGGUUGGAAACCACUGUGCCAAUCUAUGGAUGGGCAGCGGAGUAGCUUGUUCUCUCCACUGGUUUUCCUCUACUAGAAUACUAGAAGAGUGUAGAGGAGGGUGGAGGGGGGGGGUUAGGAGCUAGUGAUUGUUUAGUUGCCCUGGUGAUGCCCUCAGUAACUGAUGAUGUCAAAGCAGAUGGAGAAUGUUAGCAUUUGUCCAAGUAUACAAACUUCACCUGUAAAACAUUGUCAGUCUCCAGUGAUGUAACAGCAGGACUAAUGUCUUUAAUAUUAGUAAUGAGGCAGUGAUCGGCCGUCAGAGGAAGCUCCGGUACUUAUAGUUCACUAUCCUGGUUUCAUUAUUUCAAACUCUUUCAUCCGUUCUCGCUUCAGUGGAUUGAAUAGAAAUAGAAAUGCUCCAGAUCAAAUAGAAAACACUUCAUUCUCCACUCACGGUCCACUUUUCUUAUUUUUGUCCCAGAGCUUUCAGCUAUAUCGCGUGGUCUUCAUCAGAAGAUGGAAGUUUGCUCAGUUAACAUGAAACUGUUGAUGUUCAAACUUGAUGCAUGAUGCUGCACUUUAGGCUGUCGCAGACAGAACGUUUCAACAUCAAGUUAACUGAGGAAACGUCACCUUCUCAUGAAGACUGGCUUGUUCCAGAGCUUUCCACCGUAUCACAUGGUUUUCAUCGGCGGAUGAAGUUCAGUCAGCCGUGUGGAGUGGACCACUAUGUGAAUUAAGGAUGUGUUAGACUUGGACCUUUUACACCACUGAUAAGAAGCGCUUAGAAUAAUGAAAAGUUUGAACAUCUAGCAGCAACAGCAGCAAACUUAAUCUGCUGAUGAAGACUGUGUUAUGGGCGAAAGCUCCAGAACAAAUGAGUAAGUGGACCUUAAGUGGAAGUUGAGAUUGUUAAAUGUUUCUGUCUAGGUGCUGUUCCAUUUCUGAAGGAGGCUGAAAUAAUGGAACAUUUACGCCGUAGCCGUUUAAACUGUACAAAACCUUUCUAAUGGGACAAUAAUCCAUUUCUGUAAAGAUCCCAUAAUCAGUUGUUAAAGGCUCUAUUCCGUCGUCAUCCUUUAAGGAAACGGAAACGUUGGUAAGAGAAACUACGAGCAGCCGUGUUGUGAUGUAUCCACCCAUGUAGUUCCUCUGUCCAGUCCUUGUGAAUGAAGUAUUGUUAAAUCUGUAGAAAUGGAUCAGCGGUGGCAGAAUAGAGACAUCUUAUUGUAAAUAUCUGGUGGAGGAAACAAAAGAAGAACGCUGUUCUGAGAUCUGAAGAAAGGAAAGUGAAUAUUGCUGCUAUAUUAAAUACAAAAAGGGUUCCAGACUAUGCUGAAUUAAAUGUUAAAUGUGUACAAAAGUGGCCAAACUAGUAGGGAAAGACCAGGGCCAAGGAUUCAUCUGUCUAACCCCUGCUGUGGGUUUGGGGGGGUCAGGCUAGCCCUAGACUAGAGACUAGAGACUAGAUAGUGUGUGUAUUCCAUUAGCGAUGUCAUUCUCUGGGACAUUAGCAACAACAACAGCACCUCUGGUACGCCUCUACUAGGACAACUUCAUUCUGUCUUAAAGUCACCAGCAGCCUUGUACUUUUUCUUUAUAACAACCCAAGAUGACUUAACUGUAAAGAAGACUUGUUUGCACCCGGUUGUGUUCCUCUUGAGGUCUUUAAAGAUCAACUCUCUCUGUCCUUGAUCCUAUCUUGCCUUUCUCUCUUGUCAUUCCAUGUUCUCUAAUUGACUUAACAGAUUUCUCCUAGCGUAGCUACGAGGGCCUCGCUUCACUGCAGCUUCACUGCAGCUUCAUACCGGCUGAACCAACUCACAUCCAUUCCUGCCUACUUUUCUAUCUCUCUAAACUCACAUGUCGAGGCCGGGGUGUAUGUUUGAAACUAAACUAAAUGCGUUCGACGCCAUGAGUCAUACAGAUGAGGAUAACGGCUCACACUUCUCUCCUCAGAUAGUCAUGGUGAUGUUGUCAUGGUGUCGUUGUCAUGGUGUUCUGUACACAGAAGAGUCUGAGUCACGAUGGAGUGUCCACACAUUUUUAUUCUGCAAAUUUUUCCCUAUCACAACCUGGUGCCUACAUUACCCACAAUGCAGCUCAACCGCCAAAAGUUGAGUGGGAGAUUGGGAUGUGUUCUUCUGGUAGCAGCUCCUGUAGCCUGCAGCAGAGAUGUAGAGCGGGCUGCAGAGGUCCCACUCACCUCCACGUUCUGUCAUUGUUCUAACUUGUACUUCUAGUUUAUAGAAACACUUUGAUGUGUAAAACGGAUUUUCCUGAAAGCACCAGUUGGACAAAGCGUGAACACCAUGACUGACUGUGUGAGAGUGUGCUCUGUUAUCUCCUCAUGUGUGACCUCUCUGUCUGAAGGCAGGCUGUGAUCGUGGCCGUAUGUAUCGGCCUUCAGACGGAGCUGAGCGACAUGUUGAAACAUCUGUUGGCCUUGUGGUUCCUAAGGGGCCAUACUGUGGAAAGAUGGGGAUAGAAGCUGUAAAUCCUUUUUUUGUGGGUUUUUGGGGUUUGGUAAACAGUUUUUGCGUAGGUUUGUAGAUUCCUCUCGGGGGGGCCGUGACCCAUUUUAAAACCUGCAGUACCUCCUCUUUGAGAAUCUUACCUUGCCUUCUCUCUCCUUAGCUCAGAUUAAAGAGGGGAGGAGGUCACUGUACACUGUUGAUAUGCAGCCGCCGUGCAAACCUCGGUUCACUGGUCAACGCGGUCGAAGGUUCCGAAUGGGAGCAGCGAUGUGGCUGAGCCGUUUGGUGACUCAAACCCGAUAAAUGAGAUGCAGCGUUUUGUUCGGUUCUGGUCCAAUAUGCAGCCUUUUCAUGCUAUUCUUUUUACGCCAAAAGAGGGAGGUAGAAAAUGAGCAGUUAUGAUGAUGGAGGGCCAGAACAGGGAGCUAAUACAAACUAUGCCAGCAGCUCUAACCGCUUCAAAACCACGCACUGAGAAAUUCCCACAGCUGUGAAUGUAUCGGCCCUCUCAGAGUCUCCUAACCAAUCCGAGCACAACCUGCGUAACUCAGCCCAAAGGUCACGGCGGCGACUUUGUGAGCAUGCAACUUAUCCGGGUCUGUUUCUCUUGUUAUGCAAAAGUCCGGGCCAAUCGUGACCGCCCACUCAGUCCCUCUGGAUCUCACAGAUUCAACGACCUAUCUAUGCUAGCAUGAUCCACACACUGUGAUGAGGAACGCGUUAGGGCCAAAAGGAUUAUCCCGUUCUCCUGUUCACGGUCGCCCUCCAUCGGUCUCUGCUGAAGCAUCUGCUGACGGUCGAAAGCCAGGGAAAGUGCUCAGGUAGAUGUGACGAACGGUUUGGGUCACUAAAGGGUUCGGUUUCCUCUCCGGUUCGUCGCUACAGUGAGGACCUUUGUGGCAACAAGGGUAGCAGAAAGCUUUAUCACGUUUUAUUUGGUGCCUAAGUUUGACAAGACUUCUUUUACUUUUCACCUCGAAUGACAAGACUGCAUGUGAUUGUGUCUGCAUCGAUGUCUGCGUUUCCUGCUUUAUAGAUGUCAUCCAAAAGCUGAGAAGUAUCUUAAAAAGGAUAAUUAACAUAUUAAAAAGGUCACUUAAUCAAAAAGAAAAUACCUCCUUUUAACGACCAAUGUGUUUUACCUCACUGUAUAUAUAUAUUCUCGAUUUGUUUACUCCAACGUUUGCAAUUUAUCUUUCUCUUUUGUUUCUAUGAAAUGCUUAAAAAAAAGUUGAAGAGAAUAAUUUUAGUUUUUUCUUUUCAACGGUACUUUUUUGUCAGAUGGCAUUGUAUUGUGUUUGUGUUGUGCCCAAGCAGUAUACUAUUCCUUCUUUACCAUGCUCUGUGUAUGACCUGUUGGUUGUGUUCUGCGUGAGCUGUACAGUCAAAGCGCUUUACAAAUGUCCAAGACCCCACCCUUCUGAACUCUGGUACAAACGCCUCGUUCAAUAUGUUCUUUUGUUUCAUGAAAAAAAAAAGAAGAAAAAGAGUGAAAGUGGAGGUGGAGGAGGCUGGAAGAUGAGGGGGAGGGAUUGUAAAGCGAGAACCCCUCAACAACCGCUGAACCCUCCUCACCUCGACCCUCUUGGAUUUCUAAACAUUAUAAUCUUGACUUUUUUAUAUAGUGUGUACAGAUGAUUAUGAUUGAGAGAUCAACAUAGGAACUAGAGGAUUAACACUUAUGUUAACUUCUAACAUAGCUGGAGUAGAAAAUGGUGUGAAUAAAGAAACAAAGUUUCACUACAA